AUGGUGGAUGAACUCAAUGAUUACAUUACUAAUCUUCUUCCAGGUGAUGAAAAGGAGUUUUUGAGUAGUGAUUCUAUUGAUAGACCUGGAGCUAAUGACAACGAGGCAUUCAAGCAUUUAACUCCUGAAUUUUUAAGUUGCUUGAAAACUUCUUGUCUACCUAAUCAUUCCAUGAAAUUAAAGAUUGGCACUACCAUAAUGUUGAUUAGGAAUUUGGACCAAUUUGAAGGACUAUGCAAUGGUACAAGAUUGACCGUAUCAAGUACGAAUAUUGGAAACACUAUUUACAUACCUAGGAUGUCUUUGUCUCUUUCUCAAUAUCUUUGGCCAUUUAAACUUAUUAGAAGACAAUUCCCCAUUAUUGUCUCAUUUGCAAUGACAAUAAAUAAAUCUCAAGGUCAAUCAUUGGACCAUGUUGGUUUAUAUUUUCCAAAAGGUGUCUCCAGCCAUGGGCAACUAUAUGUUGCAAUGUCUAGAGUGAAAAGCAAAGCAAGUUUGAAAAUCCUCAUUCAUGACAAAGACAAAAUCCCAUUACACCAAACAACUAAUGUGGUUUUCAAAGAAGUUUUUCACAAUGUUGUAUAA